AGAAGCCUACAUACAUGCUAUCCUUUGGCCGUCAGCCGUCGGGUAUGCGGGGCGGCUCCGUCGCUACUGUGUACACCGACGGAAGUGCGACUACACUCUCCUCGCGAGGGCGGCUGGAAACAGGUCCACGGCACGGUCAUGUCUCUGCCGUGGACGCUGGCUAAUUGUAGUCGGGCGAGGAGAAGACAACUCCGAAAAUCACCCCAAUCCAUGGCGGUACAGUGUGCGCUGAGGGAUGCGUGGCCGAGGGGGUGCUCGGUCGUCAGCAUGCGAACUCUGGACACCGGCCGACCUCCAGUUUCAAUAAGGCUUCCCACGGCAUUGCAGGCUCUGCUGGCGGGUGACCAAUCCCUUCCUGCGCACUCGUGGGAUCCAAAAUGAGAAAAAGACGAAAAAAUAAGAAUAAUAACAACUCAAACAUAACACAAAGCACAACAAACCCCACAAACGUGGAGGAGAGUAGACCUGCUCCAUAUUCCGAAGACUGGAGGCCCUAUCUGAAGACUGGUGAAGAUGCAACUCCACCAGAGGAUCCUCCACACAAACCAACACAUAACGAGAAGAGACAAGCUGCCUGGAUUCUGCGAAGGGACUUUGAAAAGGCCUCCGAUGACGAGGUUUCUCCAGAAAUGGAGGAUUGCAUCAAAUGGGCUAAGACGAUCAUCCCGGAUUUUCAGAUCGAAAGAGCUGGUAAACAAAAUUACAAAAAAACAGCACCGGCUUCCACUCCCCAAGCUCCCGCACCCAGCCAACCUCCAAGCAGUAAACGGAAAGAUCGGGUGGAGUGUCCAACGACUUCCAAGCGAUCUAGAAUGGAGUUACAAAAUCGAUCCAUGAUGGAAAUGUCCGAGGGUAAGAUCCUACUAGGCGUCCUGGAUAGGGGUGCCAUCAGUGGGAACGUGCCUCGCGAGAAGUGGAGGCUGGUGGAGAACGAGCUGCAGGAUCGUUUUCUGCAGUUCGUGGGCGACUCUGACGAACCACCGCCCAUGUGCACAGACGCCGGAUGGCACCAAGGAUACGUGAAGGCCAUUGUCUGUGAAGAUACCCGUUCGGCGGAGAUCUAUAAGCGAAUGGUUGAUUCUCUGGGCGAGGUCUAUCCGACUGCCCGACUUGUGGCGGUGGACUGGGAGCAGGUCAUCUCUCCGCCAAAGGCCAGAGCUUGGGUCACUUGUAAGCCCGAAGAGCCGGAGCUUAUACUCCGGAUGUUGCAGAUCUGCAACCCGGAGAUUCCAACUGCCAAUUGGCGGGUGGUCAAAGUGGAGAAAGCCUCCGGCCCAACUCGGCAGGUAGUGCUUCUCCUCGACAACGAAUCGGCCGAAAUGGUCACCGAGGCGGGGAAUAUUCUCCGGUACGGUUUCACGACCAUCAAAAUGAAGGUGUAUGGAAUGGGUCGUAAACAGAAAAAGCCUCCUCCCACCGAUCCUGAGAAUGGUAAGCUACAAAAUUCCACUACCGAGGAGCGACACAAUGAUUCCAUUGACCACAAAGAUCAUAUUGACGGAGAAGACACGGAUGACGAUGUAAUGUGGGUAGAACCCGAUGAAGAUUAACAGAAAUCGGAAAUAUUAAAGAUCAGUUCGAAUAGAUUUCAUAACUCAUUCCGGCCAUUCAUUUGUUCAAUAAAAUCAUGCUUUGAAAAAAAGAAAAUCAGUUUUUUAAACUCUGGGAAUUGUAAGAGUAACUACUACUUUUCAAUUUUCAUCUUCAUAUAUUUUUUGUUUUAUUUAAAAAAUGUGUUAGACGCUAUGAAUAAUCUGAUUAAUGUUUUGAUCCUACGUAUGUUGCGAACAUCGGGGAUUGUGGUUCUAAACAGUGGUUUUAAGUAUUCAUAUAUGACUACGCGUAUAACUCUAGAACAUACAUAUAUUAUUUUCUCUGCAUUUGGCUUGACUUCGUUGUUCCAACAAAGGGCCUCACAAAAUUUUCUUUAAAAAAUACCUUUUGUGUAUGUUUGUAUAAUUCGUUUAAUAAAUUUUCUGAACCUGCACUAUAACAUGACAUUUAAUAUAUAUGUAUAUAUUUAGCUAAAAUACAUUUUUAUAUGCUCUCAA